UGUCGCAAAACAGCCCACACGUAGUUGGCAGCUACUAUUUACUACAGUAUAUAUCGUUUUAUUUACUAUUCAAGAUAACUGCUACAAUGGAAAUCUUACGUCCAUCAUUGAUCAACAUAAGUGGAAGAGUAUACAGAAGAAAUACCAUCAAAGAAGACCAGUAUGAAGAGGGGGAAGAGGACGACUCCUACAUGGGACCACCAGCUAGUGAACCGUUUGACGAAGACGAAGAGUUCUGUGACAGCCACUCCAUAGAACAGACUGACAAAGGUUUCAGCUGUGCCAUUGAUGUCCCAAGUGUUCUUUACAAAUACAUCAUCGGGAGGAAAGGAGAGACACGUAGAAGACUAGAGGCAGACACAAAGACAGACAUCAACAUUCCUAAACAAGGAGUGGAAGGGCAGAUCGUGAUCACUGGCUCCCAGAAGGCCGCAGUGUCCUCUGCCGUGACUCGUGUCGAGCUCCUGGUGCAGAGCUUUCGCAAGAAGCAGCCGUUCACCCACUUCCUGUCGUUCGCUCUUAACCACCCUCAAGUUCAGGAUGGAUUCCUGAGGUUUAAAGAGGAGGUGUUGGAGCAGUGUUCUCUGGACCACGGAGUAGAUGGAAGCAUCUUCCAGAACCCUGCUAAGCUCCAUCUGACAGUCGGCACCCUGGCUCUGCUGAACGACCUGGAAGUGACCCAAGCAUGUAAACAACUCCAGCACUGUCAGGACUUUAUCAAGACCAUCACAGAAGGGAAGCCUCUCCCGUUGGAGGUGACAGGGAUUGAGUACAUGAACGAUGACCCAGCCAUGGUGGAUGUCCUGUAUGCCAAGGUCCAAGUGAAAGAUGGUUCGGACAAGCUGCAGGCCAUUGUGGAGCGGCUGGUGGACCACUUUGUUUCCUCAGGGCUGAUGGUCAGAGAAUGGGACAGAGUGAAGCUGCACGGCACAGUGAUGAACACUCUGUUCAGGAAGGCUGCUUCAGGCUUUCCACUGUCUAAAACUGACCCAGAGUAUCCUCCUGAUAAUGUGAGCCUGUUUCCCUCGUUCUCCUCCCACUCAGAAAGAUGGACAUUAAGUCAGACUCACUGGACACGGAGUCAGUCAGCAUAAAGAUGGACAUUAAGUCAGAGUCACUGGACACGGAGUCAGUCAGCAUAAAGAUGGACAUUAAGUCAGAGUCACUGGACACGGAGUCAGUCAGCAUAAAGAUGGACAUUAAGUCAGACUCACUGGACACGGAGUCAGUCAGCAUAAAGAUGGACAUUAAGUCAGAGUCACUGGACACGGAGUCAGUCAGCAUAAAGAUGGACAUUAAGUCAGACUCACUGGACACGGAGUCAGUCAGCAUAAAGAUGGACAUUAAGUCAGUCACUGGACACGGAGUCAGUCAGCAUAAAGAUGGACAUUAAGUCAGAGUCACUGGACACGGAGUCAGUCAGCAUAAAGAUGGACAUUAAGUCAGAGUCACUGGACACGGAGUCAGUCAGCAUAAAGAUGGACAUUAAGUCAGUCACUGGACACGGAGUCAGUCAGCAUAAAGAUGGACAUUAAGUCAGAGUCACUGGACACGGAGUCAGUCAGCAUAAAGAUGGACAUUAAGUCAGAGUCACUGGACACAGUCAGUCAGCAUAAAGAUGGACAUUAAGUCAGAGUCACUGGACACGGAGUCAGUCAGCAUAAAGAUGGACAUUAAGUCAGAGUCACUGGACACGGAGUCAGUCAGCAUAAAGAUGGACAUUAAGUCAGAGUCACUGGACACGGAGUCAGUCAGCAUAAAGAUGGACAUUAAGUUAGAGUCACUGGACACGGAGUCAUGGCAUAACCACAAUAGUGAAACACCUGAACACAUGAGUGAAACACCUGAACACAUGAGUGAAACACCUGAACACAAUAGUGAAACACCUGAACACAUUAGUGAAACACCUGAACACAUUAGUGAAACACCUGAACACAUGAGUGAAACACCUGAACACAAUAGUGAAACACCUGAACACAUUAGUGAAACACCUGAGCACAUUAGUGAAACACCUGAACACAUGAGUGAAACACCUGAACACAUGAGUGAAACACCUGAACACAAUAGUGAAACACCUGAACACAUUAGUGAAACACCUGAACACAUGAGUGAAACACCUGAACACAUGAGUGAAACACCUGAACACAUGAGUGAAACACCUGAACACAUGAGUGAAACACCUGAACACAUGAGUGAAACACCUGAACACAAUAGUGAAACACCUGAGCACAUUAGUGAAACACCUGAACACAAUAGUGAAACACCUGAACACAUUAGUGAAACACCUGAACACAUUAGUGAAACACCUGAGCACAUUAGUGAAACACCUGAACACAUGAGUGAAACACCUGAACACAUGAGUGAAACACCUGAACACAAUAGUGAAACACCUGAACACAUUAGUGAAACACCUGAACACAUUAGUGAAACACCUGAGCACAUUAGUGAAACACCUGAACACAUGAGUGAAACACCUGAACACAAUAGUGAAACACCUGAACACAUGAGUGAAACACCUGAACACAUGAGUGAAACACCUGAACACAGCACCCCAUGUCAACAACACAGAUGUAACAAUAACAACCCCUAGAUUA